CUGCUUCAUUAAUGGCGCCAAGUUGUAAACUAACUUUCUUGAUCCUUGUUUCCAUCUUUUUUCUGCCACUCCCAUUCGGGGCCAGGAUUUUCAAAACUUCUGACCCGAACAAACAUGAUUCUUCAUCAAAGCCUCGAGUAUAUACAAAGGGAGACUGGAUUCCUCUAUUCGCCAACAAAGUUUAUGGUGCUGAUGAACGAUGCGAUGCUUUUCCAUAUUUUUCACUUCCAUUUUGCCCUCCUGGAGAAAAAGUAUCCAAAAGAAGAUACUUGAAUGAAAUUCUUGCAGGCGACUGCUUAAUGAACACCCAAUAUGAGUUGAAAUUUGGCGUUUCGGACACGGAGGGGUUUCUUUGCGAGAAGUAUAUGACAGAAGACGAUCUCAGAAUAUUUAAGUUCGCCAUUGAAAACAACUUUGUAUACCAAAUGUAUUUCGACAAUAUCUGGUUUGGGAGUAAGGUGGGGGAAGUCAUUGAAGAACCAGGAUUUGGGCAGAAAUUUUAUCUCUUCAAUCACAUUGAAUUCAAUGUUGAUUUCAUGGAGGGUCAAGUUCUGGAUAUUAGUGUUGUAAAUAGUCUUGAUUCUUCUGUUGACAUAACCAUAUUGACUGAACCCUUAGUCGAAUUUUCCUACUCUGUCUUUUGGAAUGAAAUCAAACCCAUUGACAAUUCGAGUUACUUUAUACCUGGGGAAAGAGAGAAAGCCUCGUGGGUUUUGGAAGAUAAUCGACGCUUGUUUUGGUCUUCACUUUGGCUUUGGAGUAUCCUGGCCUUUUGGUGGAUCUUUUUGCCUGUUGUAGUUGCUUCGCCGUAUCUGUUUAAAUACUUCUUGAAGAAUAGACAACCUCAUGGAAAUAUUCAUCGUUUCAAUGCUAAAGCAUGCUUCUGUCCGAUGUACACAUCCUUACUCGGUGCUAUACUCGGCGUUGGAACUCAACAUCUAAUACUCAUAAUUGUAAUGCUUUUUGUCUCUGAAUACGAUGGUAUCUUCCCUUGCAACCAUGAAAGAAUCUCUGUUGAUCUUGUUUUGUUGUAUUGUGUAACAUCAGUAGUAUCUGCAUCCAUAGCCAGAUCAUUUCAUGAGAGAUUUUCCCCAAUUGGAUCGAAAGAAUGUGUUCUUCAAACUGGCGCACUCUACUUUUUUCCAGUGUUCAUGGCUGUUAUCCUAGGAAAGAUAUUCGGGAUUAGUACUCCAAUGGUUGACAGUGUGAUCAAUUAUCUUUUAGCAGCAGGAUUUGGCAGUGCCAUUAUGAUAUACAUAUGUUGUAUUGCACCAAGAAACAUCUAUAGGCCAGAGCGUAACGUUGCAACUUGUCACACCAGAAGAUUAGUCAUACACAACAGAUCAUCACCUCCCACUUUAUGGUACAUGAAGUCACCUGCUCAGAUGAUUCUUGAGGGCCUUGGAAUUUUCUUGCCAAUCUCCCUUCUAAUGGAUGAUAUCUUUGCAAGCCUGUGGGGUUUGAAAAUCUGCGGCUCAUUCCUCACCUUAUUUUCUGCUUUCUUAAUGGUCGUCCUAAGUACCUUCGUCAGUGGAAUUGCACUUACCAGUAUUCAACUACUCAAAGAUGAUUACAACUGGUGGUGGAGAUCCGUAUUGCGUGGGGGUUCGCCGGCGGUGUACAUGUUUGGUUAUGGUAUAUACUUUCUUUCAAAAAUAAGGAGUGAGAGUGAUAGGGGGUUUGUUCUUCCUUUAGUGUACAAUUGUUGCAUUUGCUAUUCAUUCUUUCUGGUCCUUGGAACUGUUGGCUUUGGAGCUUCGCUGGUUGCCUUUAAAUUCUACAUGAUGGGAUGCAACUCUAAGAAACGAUCCUAAUUGUCAGCCUUUGUGUCGUUCCUUUCUAAAAUUCCCUUUCAAAACCCCUCACUCUGUCACUUUGCUAUUGUAUAUCAUUACUUCAUCAUUUGUAUUUUUUGUUUAGUGAAUAAGACAGCAAAUAAAAAUUCACUUGAUUCAAA